UAGGGUAGAGUGGGGUUAUCUGAACAGGUAGGUUAACUGAACACAUCGAUGUUCCUGCCAUCUAGUAAUGAUAAAUUAAACUUGAUUUUGCCUGAAAGCGUCUUUUGUUACGUGUGUUGACACUGUUCGGUGCAGAUUUUUUUUAAUUCGGUUCUAAUCUCGUAAAUCAGCAAACAUAUUUUUAAUGGCCGCCACGUAAAAUUUCUGCUCCCAAGUUUUUUUGUGUUACAGUUAGCAAAAUAGAGUUUUAAAAUUGGUUUGACGUAUAUUUUGUUCCAAAUAUGCCAAAAAAAAGACUACGUACUACCAAUAACAGAUCAUAUAGUGUAGCAGAUCUUAGACAAGCAUACACUCCUGUCAAAGAGAACAUAGAGGAAGAAGCAAGACUUCGAGAAGAAAACGCACACAAAAAAACAAAACAACUAACAAAAAAAAAGAGGCAGUAAAAAGACGUAUUCUAGAAUACAGCUCUUCUGAUGAUAAAAUCUAUGAAGAAAGCUCGGAUUCUUUAGAAGAAUUUGAUGCAUAUGACGAUACUCCACAAGCUGUAACAAAAGGCGAUUUUGUAAUCGUGAAAGUGUAUGGGCAAAAUAAAUUAAAUUUCAGACAUUAUGUUGGUGAAAUUAUUCAUGCUGUAAAUGAUGUUUUUUUUUAAAAAUAAUGAAAAUGGCUUUGUUGUAAAAGCUGACAUUGUUUGUAAGUUACCCAUGCCAGCCAAAAGUAACAGCGCUAGAUAUGCCAACAUGGUGUAAUUUCAAGUUGAUUUAAAUGAAUUUGACUUUACAGUUUAUUAAAAUUACCUACAAUAUUUUCAUACAUGUUCAGUAUGUUUGACUUUACAGUUUAUUAAAAGUAUGUAUAAUAUUUUAAUGUAUCUUUAGUAUGUUUCUUAUCAUAAAUAAAAAUGAUUGUUAAAAAGUGUUGACAUAUUUUCCAUGAUAUAUUUUUUACAUGUUUAUUAUAGCUAGUCGCCUUAUUCGCUAGAGGGCUAGACUUGUAUUUAGGGUAUUAGGUUGGUAAUAGUAAAUGAUGGAAAGCUUGCCAGCCUUCUUAUGGUUUAGUGCCCUGAAUUUUCCAUGCAUGGCCAUUUUUGCUGUUUAACAAUUUAUGACAAAUUUAUUGUAUAUUUCAAUUAAAUAACAAAAAUGGCGGCGCAUGAAGAUUCCAGGGCACUAAAUCAUAAGAAGCUGACAACAUUUCCAUGUAGAAAGUGUUAGGUAAAAGUAAAUUUAAAAAAUAUAUCUUGUUUGUACCUCUGUUCAGUCAACCUGCAUAAGUGGUCCAGUUAACCUGACAGGCAGGUUAACUGGACAAUUUGAUAGGUUUUGAAAAAAGUCAAUCUGUCAUACACAUAAAUUUAAAUUUAACUUUGAACAUUACGUUUUCCAAUUACUUACAUAACUUCCAAAGCAUGGUCAUAAAGGUAUUUUUUUAGCAACGAUUUUCUGGUCAAAAACAAAGUUUAAAUUUUGAUUUGUCCAGUUAACCCCACUCUACCCUAUAUUAAUAAAAUGGGA